GUAUGAUAGAAAAUUAGAAUUUAGAAAAAGACAAAGGGCCAAAAAAUGGGCGGAGUAACAGCACUCUUUAACAAAUAGAGAUGAUGCGGUAAACUUGGGAAAUGUCAGGUACAUGUACAUGUAAGAAUGAUAGUUUUUCUCAUUUUGCUUAUUUUCUUGUUGCUUUAUUUUAUAGUGUAUCAACCAGUGGAGAGGGCCCAUCACUUUACUGUACAAGUAGACGACAGCUUGUACAUGUGGGGUGGGAGGCAGUCUGAUUUUCCUGAAGUGCACAGUAACUGAUGAGAAGAAGAAAGCAAUGUGCUCUGUAGUGGAGGUGUGCAAUUUAAAGAGUGGUAGGUGGGAACAAAAGCCUACUACUGGUGACCCUCCACUUGGUGUCCAUUCCUAUGCUGCUGCUGUCAUUAGAAAUGAAAUAUUCUUUUUUGGAGGCUGGUGUGGUCAUGACAACUGUUAUCAUAAUAGUUUGUUCAGUUUUAAUGUUGAUACCUUGAAUUGGAAGGAACUGUCUCCUACUACAUCGCAUCAUGGUCCUAUGAUGAGGGUCCAAUGUGGUAUGACUGCAGUAAGAUUUAGUGAUGAAGACUAUCUUGCUGUGAUUAGAGGCUUUGGACCAUGUUGUAAUAAUACCCCACCACAACCUGGUGCCCAGUACAAUAAUGGUCGAUGUAACGAAGUACAUUUGUAAAAAUUAAAAACUGGUC